UCAGACUUGAUUAUGGCUGCAUUGGAGACGAAGGCCAAUAUUCAAUGUGAAGAAGAAGAAGAAAAUAAAUAUCGGAUAUGUUUGUUCAGUUAAUCUAGUAUGACUAAAAUAUUAAAAAUAGAAUUAAAUUCAUUAGUGGACUCCAGGUCAGGAUUAACUGAGUAGUGUGGUACCACCGUUUGAGUUCUGUUGUCGACAUGAGUGGGCCAGUUGCUGUGAAGGUGAAGAAUAUUAUCGACAGCGAUACCGUGGUUAUUUUCUCGAAAAGUUAUUGCCCUUACUGUAAAAUGGCAAAAGAGGUGUUUGACAAGCUGUGCCAGAAGUACACGGCGGUGGAGCUGAACGAGCUGGACGACGGGGACAGCAUGCAGGCCGUGCUGGGCGAGCUGACGGGGGCCAAGACUGUGCCGCGCGUGUUCGUGAAGGGGGAGUGCCUGGGCGGGGGCACGGAUGUGAAGCAGCUGUACGAGUCGGGCCAGCUGGUGGCCAAGCUGCAGUAGCGCGCCUGCGCCGUGUGGAUGACCUGACAAAUUUUUUUGGAAAUUGUGGCUAAUGGAGUACCUAUUUGGGUUUUGGUGUGAGCAGUUUUUUUUAUAAAUGUUUUCCUCUGUCAUAGUUUAUCGAUGCAUUUAAUGGAUGUUGUUUUCUCCAAGCAGUGCUUCUGUAAAUGAAUGAAUUACUUAUAAUUUGGCAAAUAAAAAAAAAUUCCAUUAUGAAGAA